CACGCGUGCGGCCUCGACCUGGGGGAGAGAGGGCCGCAGACUCGGCGGGCCCGGAGGACGACGGACGGCUUUCUCCUCGCUCUAAACUGGCCGCCGGAGAGGGGCUCCCGGAAAGGCCGGCUCCUGAGGGUUAAGGAAGACGAAGGGGCUGGAGGUUUCCCUUGUCGUGACUUCGCGGAAGGAACCCUCACGGCUGACGCGCUGUUUUUGAACGAUCCCGUAAUAAUGAAUGGGCCCAGCGUCACCAACGCGACGCCCAACACCAAAUCUAAAGAGGACCAGGUGGUGAACGGGCACGACGAGAAGGAAAACAACCCCUUCGCAGAGUACAUGUGGAUGGAGAACGAAGAGGAUUUCAACAGGCAGGUGGAAGAGGAGCUUCAGGAGCAGGAAUUCCUCGACCGCUGCUUCCAGGAGAUGCUGGACGAAGAAGACCAGGACUGGUUCAUUCCCUCCCGGGACCUCCCUCAGGGGAUCGGGCACCUGCAGCAGCAGCUGAACGGACUCUCCGUCAGCGACGGCCACAGCUCGGAAGACAUUUUGAGCAAAAGUAACCUGAAUCCCGACGCCAAGGAGUUCGUUCCGGGAGUGAAGUACUGAAUCCGACCGAAGCCUUUGAGGUGGACCGUGCGCGUCCCCGUUUCGGGGACAAAGCUGCACGGAGUGGCGGGGGUUGGGGGGCGGGGAGGGGAAACGGAGGGGUUCCGACUCGACACUGUGAAUCGAGUGACCCUCGACGCGGGCAGUCUCCUUCGGGCUUUGGAGUA